AUGGAAUCAAAUGCAAUGACAACACCCAUCAAAAUGUCCAUACUAUUCCUUCUAGCGAUGUUUAUAGGUUCACAGUCGUCUCAGGCUGACCAGAUCAAAGAAACUAGCAUGACCAUAUAUUUCCAGGACCGGUUUGCAGGACCCAAUGCCACCACUGUCCCAAUCACUGGCAUCCCCGGUCAACUUUGGACGUUUGGGAGCUUUGGAACUGUGUUUUGCAUCGAUAGUCCAAUAACCCAAGGCCUUGAAGGGAGUUCAGAGCAAAUCGCAAGGGGACAAGGCGUCCAUGUGACCUCGGCAUUGGAUGGUUCAGCUACAUAUGUGUCGAUAUCGAUUGUGUUCAUGAAUAAAGAGUUCAAUGGUAGCACCCUGGAAAUACAAGGUGCUAAUUAUCUAUAUGUGAAUGUGAGAGAGCUUGCGGUGGUCGGUGGAACUGGACAAUUCCGGUAUGCAAGGGGCUUUGCUACAUUUGAGACUGCGUUUUUGGACAUGAAAGCUGCUUAUGCUGUUCUUAGAUGCAAUAUUACUGUGGAACAUUACUAG